AUGGCAGCGCAAAGCUCGCCUCAUAGUACGAUUUUCUUAGCCACGAUCGAAAUUCGGAUUGAAGAUCGUUUUGGUAAUUUACACUCCGCUAGAGCCUUGAUCGACUCUGGUUCACAAUCAAACUUUGUCUCCAAGAAGUUGUCACGUCGUCUGUGCUUGCAUCCUAGAAGAGUUAACGUUCCCAUUACCGGCAUUGGGGAGGCAACAGUCACGGCAACACAAUCGAUCAGUUCUACCAUUUAUUCCAAAGAUAAGGUGUUCUUCAGCGCCCUGGAAUUUCUCGUUCUUCCAACACCAACAGCACAGCUUCCCUCCUCGAACGUAGAUGUUACUUCCUGGAAUAUUCCCGAAAAUUUACCGCUUGCUGAUACGAAGUUUAACGUUUCCGGAAGUAUCGAUGUGCUACUUGGUAUCGAUCAAUUCCAUGAGUACCUAAAGGAUGGCAAAAUAAUCGGUAAUAGUGUAUCUUCGUCUCCUAUCUGCCACACAGCCAUUACCAAAAAUACAUUAGAGUCUGCAAUGGAAAAAUUUUGGGAGCUGGAGGCUCUUGAGUUUGAUCGAUUUCUUUCACCGGAGGAAGCGUAUUGCGAUGCGUUUUAUAAAAAGACAGUUAAACGUAAUUCAAGUGGGCGUUAUGUUGUCCGCCUACCUCGGACAAAGAAUCCGAAAGUUAUACUUGGCGACUCCAAGGGCAUCGUUGAAAAACGUCUGUUCAGUCUAGAAUGCAGGCUUAAUCGAGAUGAAACUAUCAAGGCUGCCUGUCAGGAAUUUUUGGACGAAUAUAUGCAACUUGGCCAUAUGCGCCAAAUCGUAGACACUUGUUCAGAAACAACCCCAAGUAGUUAUCUCCCACACCACCCGGUUUUUAAAACAACGAGCAGCACGACAAAAACCCGGGUCGUUUUCGACGCGUCCUGUCGCACUUCAUCCGGUUAUUCGCUGAAUGACACCCUUUUUGUCGGGCCAGUAGUGCAGGAAGAUCUUGUUUCCAUAGUGAUGCGGUUUCGGUCCAAGGCAAUUGCACUUGUUGCGGACAUUGAAAAGAUGUACCGCCAAAUCGGAGUUCAUCCAGACGACCAACCCCUCCAGAAAAUUCUUUGGCGAAAAAACACAUCUGAUCCAAUUGCCACGUUUCAGUUACAAACCGUAACGUAUGGAACCGCAUCCGCGCCUUUUCUCGCUACCCGCACACUCGUUCAACUCGCCGAAGACGAAGGCGAGGCAUUUCCUUAG